AUGAGCAAGCACGGCGAGGAGGAUCUUCCAGAUCCGAAACAUCGGGGGAAGUUGCUGGAAUUGCGGAUGAAUAAGGCGGCAUUUUCGGCAGACGCGUCGCUGGUGUCAAAUGCCUGGGUUGCUGAAGCCGAGGGGGAAGCGCGGGACGACGAAUCGAGCGCCUCGAUUGCAGUGUGCGAGAUUCGACCGUGGAUGCAUAUGACGUACAACGAUGGCUGGAUGAACCCGGGCAUCUGGUUUCCCUCAGUCGAAGAUGUCCUAGCCAUGCCGAUCCCAUCAGCUUUCAAGGACCUCCUUGAAUCGAUGGGAGGUGGAAAAUCCGAUGCACCUGAAUCUGCUCCACACAGUCCACUCCGACCUGUGCGACCUGUGCACUAUGCCGGCCUCUAUCCGCCUAUAUCCGACCUCUUCAGUCUGGUCCACACCAUCUUCGCGUGUAAAGGGGUUCGGAGCUUUGACAUCCGACUCGCGGCGCCGCCAUCCGGCCACGCUGACGAUGACUUGGCGAGAGCAUUCGAAAGAUUCAAGGACCGGCUUAUGAGAGAUGGUUAUCCUCAGGCGCUGUACCCUUCAGCUCACGAACGUCUACCCGUUUGCAAGUUCCUCGUACGCAAUUCGAUCCAGGGACAAGGAGUUUGA